GGCGGGAAAAUUAAAGUGCCCUAAGUCUCGACUGUGUGAUGGUUAUCUACCCGCAUUGUAUUGCUGAUGAGCUGUACAUUGUCUUUAGUUUCAGCUUGCUUUCAAAAUGAUAAUGCCUAUGAGCAUUUUUGUUAAAACAUUAACGGGUUCGUUUUUUGAACUGCAUGUUUCCCCUACUGAAACGAUCACAUCAAUCAAAUCUAAAAUUCAAAGGACUGAAGGUAUUCCAAUAAAUCAACAACACCUUGUUUGGCAAAAUUGCGAAUUGGAUAAUCAUCGUCGACUAAGAGAUUAUUCCAUAUCUGCGGGUUCGACAUUGUGUCUAGUUUUAAGUCUUCGAAGUGGUCCACUUAGUGAGCAUCGGACGCCACCGCCACAUCUGACACCCACCCGCCCAUCAAAAACCACUGUACCAUCCUUUACUUCAGUAUCCAGCUCUACCUCUGGCAAUAGUUUCGUGUAUUCAAACGUCUUAACUCCAGUGAUAAAACCGAGUAUAGUGCAAUCGCAAAAAACUGAAAAUGGAGGACUUUCUGAUCUGAUUUUGAACAAAGCAAAACAAACUGGUGCAGAAUGGUACAAAAUGAACAAAGCCAACUUAGAUAGUGUGUUAACAAGCGAUCAUGCAUUGGAAUCACUACCUGAUCUUUCGGUAGAUGUUCGAUCAGAAUCUAGUAGUGUUUCAUCCUCUGUAACACAGAAAGUCAUGGAUGUUAGUUUCACAGAUUCUUUUCUGAAUUCUGUCAAGAUAGACACUCCAUUAAAUUGUGGGUUAAGGGAGCGAAAUUCAAACAACAUUGGUCAAAGUCCCCCAAAUUUAGAAAUGGUCGUUGGAAUAAGCUCACUGAAUGGAGACAUUACGGAAACUACUUAUAUUUCUGAGAGAAAUCGAAGUUUAUCCUCUCCUGAAAAAGAAACCUUAAAUGCCUUAACUGCACAAUCAAGUGUCCCGAUAGGUGUAGCAGUUAAAAAUCAUUCAAGCAUUCCUGAAGCCUCUAAUUUGUCUCCAUUUUCGCCAUCAGCUCAUUAUUCUGAAUCCUCUUCUGCAUUAGAUCAGGAAAAUCGUCCAUCUAUUUGGGUUUCAUGUGAUACUCAUCAUAUUCCUCCUCCUUUUCACAAACAGGAUCAGAAAUCUAGAACUUGUCUGACUUUCGGUGAUUCUGAAGAAAAUGAAUUAAAUAUCGAGAAAAUGUACAAAGAAAAUAAGGUGAAUGGUGUUGGCGAUCUUGAUAAUUAUAGCAAUACGGAAACAACUAAUUCUACAGCGGUGAAUAUCAUUGCUAGUUUACUGGCUAAGGUUGUUCCCAAUCGAACAUCUAUUCUCUGCUGUUAUGGACCGCAUUGUCCGUAUCAAUCGCGCAGAAAAUUUUCUCCCCUACCGAAAGAAAGUGAAGAACAAAAUCCCUCAAUGCGUUUCGCAUUUUUAGACAGUGAAUGGUCCGAUAAAGAGUGUGAUUCGGUUGAUUCUAUCAAUUUUGAAACGGAUACUGAUCGGGAUGAUGACAGUCCACCGCUCGUAUCUACUGGCUAUCAGUCAUACUCCUGCUGUAAUUGUGGAUUUAAUCAUCCGCAUUAUAUUCGUUGCGAAGCUUUGGAGAGUACAAUCAAUAGUAUCGUCCGAGCCGAAGCUUUUGUUUGGCUACAAGAGUGUGACGAGCUUGCAGAAAAAGUAAAACGUUUGAAGACUCAAAUGAAAAGUAUUCGUCUGAGGAAGCAAAAGUGGUAUCAAAAUGCACAAAAUACUAUAUAUUCUAUAUGUAAAGAAGAAACGUCAGCUGAAGAUCAGUAUCAUGACAUUUCCAACUGGGGAAGAAAUUCCAAGCAAGUUAAUGAAAUCGCUGCUAAUUCCUGUGAUUUUCCAUGGAAGAACUCACAAAUCAACAAAAAUCAUCUGUCAAAUCUACAUACUUCGUCCCUGAACUGUUUGAAAGAUGCAUCUGAUUUCCCGAAUUGUGGGUUAAGGGAGCGAAAUUCAAACAACAUUGGUCAAAGUCCCCCAAAUUUAGAAAUGGUCGUUGGAAUAAGCUCACUGAAUGGAGACAUUACGGAAACUACUUAUAUUUCUGAGAGAAAUCGAAGUUUAUCCUCUCCUGAAAAAGAAACCUUAAAUGCCUUAACUGCACAAUCAAACUGUCAUCAGAUUCUCCAACCUCAUGUAAUGUUUCACAGGGUCGCCUCAGAUUGACACCAGGGAUCGAAUUCGUCAGCGUCGUUACGCUACUAUCACGCCUCCCGAUGUUAACUGCCUCAUCAGAACAGCUGAUUCACAGAGUAGAGGUUCUGAAUCGACUCCUAGCGUUUUACCCUCCCUUUUCUAUCCAGAAUACACUUCACAAAGUUCAGAGGGUAGUAUAUUUGGAAACUCCUUGUCUCUGAGGUCUCCUCAACCUAUAAAUCAGUUUUCGUCUCUUGACGAAAACCUCACAACCUCGGUGACCACUUUGUCAUACAAUGAACCAACGUUAUGUAGUGUUUCUAUCUGUCAAACCCGAAAACAUUCAAUGAAUUCUCUACAAGUUAGCAAAUCGACAAAACUUGGGAGUUCCAGUCGUUUUAGUUCAAAUAGCAAUCGUUCGACUCCUACGAAAACUUGGUCCUUCGUUCCAUUCUUGCCGAAGUUGGGGAGUUCAGUAUCGACAGGUCACCUGGCCACAACUAUUUCACCACGAUUACCUUCAAGAGGGGGAAGUCGACUGAAUACUCCUAUCCAUUUCAGCAAACCGAACGAUUGUGAUGAGAAAUUAUUGAAUCCCAUUACUCCACACUAUAUUUCGACUAUUUUAAUUAAAGCAUUUCAUUUGCCUUCAUCCCCUAAUUCCACUAGACGCAAACGAUGUUCUGUGUGCUUGCGGAAAAUAGGGCUUACAAACACUUACACAUGUCGGUAUGUUCAUUUCGUUGUCCUUUGUGAUCGGAGUUUCUGUUCUGUACAUCGUUACGCUGAGGUUCAUGCUUGUCAGUACGAUUAUAAAGCAGAAGCACGUCGUUAUAUAAUUGAAUCCAAUCCCGUUAUAACUGCACCCAAAUUACCGAAAAUCUAAGAAAAGUGUUUUUGGCCAUAAAUGUUUCAGUUCAGAAAAGCCUGUGAUUACUUAUUAGUUCUUUGUAUUGUAACUGUUCAAAUCAUAAAUAUUAAUGCAUUAUAAAGUGAUGAUUUUUGCUACUAUUAUUUGACAAUUCAUUGUUUCAGAAUACCAAACGUCAUUUUGUUUUUCGGUUAUGUUGUUAAAUUGUAAUCACCAUCUCAUUGUAAGUUUGCAACUUAGUACAAUAAAAUCAAUUCUUAUCAAAGAAGUUCAGUUUAUAUUUUGUUCGUAAUGUCUUAGAAUCCGUAUAAGCACAUGCGCAAGUACUGUUUAUAUCGAAAGAAUUUCCAAAAAAGUUUGUUAUAAUCAAGUGUUUAGUUUUUGCAUUUUGGUCAUAUUUACAUAUCCUCAUUAAAUACUACCCAUUUUUUCGGUGAAAGAGUAGGUUGUGUAUAUUCUGUUUUGAUUUCUUUAUUUUUGGUAAAAAGAUAUUUUGGUCUUCUUAUUUUCAUUUAUUGUUUACUAUCCUUACUUCUCCGUGCCAGAAUAUUGUUGUGUUUGUCUUUCCCCUUCUUCACUCAUCAGCUGUUAUUAUAGUUGCUUGUGUUAUUACAAUUUUGAUUGUAAAAUGUGCUUCUUUCCCAAAUAUAUCCUUUCAUGUGGUAUGACAAA